AUGGGCAGGAAACCGAAGCAACGAAGGUCACCCGCUGCAGCAGCAACAGCAGCAGCAGCAGCAGCAGCAGAAAGUGCUGCUGCUAAUAGUAUUGGUGGUCUUCAUAACGAGGACAAUGCAACAGCAGGUAGUCCUGUUGCUGCUGCUGCCUCAGCAGCAGCAGCAGCAGGCUGCAAAGCAUCAGAUGCAUGCACCAGCGAGGAUUUGAGUACUGCAUGCAGCCAAUCAGGAGACCUCGCUGCAGCAGCAGCAGCAGCAGCUGAUAAUGCUGCUGCAGCAGCAGCUAAUAAUGCUGCAGGAACUGGCAAUGCUGCUGUACCUAAAAAGGCAGCAGCAGCUAAUGAUGCAGCAGCAGCAGACCAGGCUGCAGCAGCAGCUAAUGCUGCUGCUGCUGCUGCAGCUGACAGUGAUGCAGCGGAGAAUGCACCAGCAGCAGAUAAUGCUGCUGCUGCUGCUGCAGACAAUGCUGCAGCAGCUGCUGCUGCUGCUGUUGACAGCCUGCAGGUGAAAGGAGAAGUAGACAGCAGCAGAAGCAGCAGCAGUAGCUGCAGCAGUAGCAACAGCAGCAACAGCAGCAACAGCAGCAGCAGCAGCAACAACAACACCACCAACAACGGCAACAAUGACAGCAACAACAGCAACAGCAACAGUAACAAUGACAACAGCAACACCAACAACAGCAAGGACAAUGACAGCAGCAGCAGCAACAGCAGCAGCAGCAGCAACAGCAGCAGCAGCAACAGCAGCAGCAGCAACAGCAGCAGCAGCAACAGCAGCGAGAGGGUGGUCCGUUUGUGCUGCAGUCGUUACCAGAACUUAAAGAGAGAUGCCUCCAAGUCUGCUGCUGCUGCUGCUCGCUCCGCACAGAUUAGUAGUAUGUUAGCAUAUCGUGGACUAAAGGGCCCCCAACAUGAAUCUCUUCUUAAAUUGCUGAGGGAGGGGGCCCCCCUUCCUUUUUCUUUACCUGCUGCUCCUGCUCCUGUAGCAGCAGCAGCAGCAGCAGCAGCAGCACGGCCAGCAGCAGCAGCAACAGCAGCAGCAGCAGCAGAUGCUGACAGCGAUGGAGAGCAAGAGGAGACAGGAAUUGAUUUUUCUUUCUUUGUCAAUCCUUUUAGCUCCUUUGCUGCUGCUCCCUCUACCAGCAGCAGCAGCAGCAAUAGCAGCAGCAGCAGCAACAGCAGCAGCAGCAGCAGCAGCAGCAGCAGGGAUGCAUGGGGCCCCCAAUUAGCAAACCCUAAUUGGGAUGAUUUGCUGCUGCAGCGGGUAGGCAGAUUCCCUUGCUGCAGCAAGCAGAGGUCUCCUUUGCCUGCAGCAGCAGCAGCAGCAGCAGCAAGAAAAGCUGCACUGCAUGCACAAAAUAAUCUUACACCUAAUGUUGGCAUCAAUAUACCUAGUAUAUGCAGCAGCAGCAUAAACGAGUAUGGUGGUCGUUUGUAUUCUUAUGGAGGAAUUGACGAGAGGGGAUUGACUAAUAACUCCUUAUAUAAGCUUGUACCUCUACCUAUUGCUUAUCAGCAAGAGUUAUGGGUACGAGCAAUGGAGUUAGGGGACGCAAAAGAAGUAGCAGAUGAAUCUCUUAAUGAUCUUAGUCUCUCUAUUAAUUGUCUCCUUAAGGGGGGACAGCAGCAGCAGCAGUUGCUGCAGCAGCAGCAAAUGCAGCAGCAGCAGCAGCAGCAGCAGCAGCAAACUGAUCAGGUCGCUGAUUUGAGCAAAAUCAGCAAAUGGGUUGAAGAGCUCAAACACCAAUGGACUAACUCCAUACUCCGAGCACGUAUAGAAGCAACACGUGCUGCAGUAUUAGGAGGUCGUGGCUGCAGCAAAGCUCGUGAUGUAUUUAUAUAUAGGAAGAAAUGCCUGCAGCGCAUGCAGCAGCUGCUGCUGUCCAAGGAAGCAAAGUUGCUGUUUGCUGCAGUAGAUGUGCUGCAGGAGGAGACAGCAGCAGCAACAGGCAGCUGUCCCCGUGAUCUACUUAAUGCUGUUAUGCAGCAGACAACUAUAGACACUACCGAUUCAGCAGCAGCAACAGCAGCAGCAACUGCAGUAACUGCUGCAGCAGCAGCAACCGCAGCAGCAGCAGCUAACCCGGAGCGCACAAGUUCAAAGACAGACACAAGCAGCACUUCUGGUGAGCAAACGGAUAGGCAGCAGCAGCAGAAGCAGCAGCAGCAGAAGCAGCAGCAGAAGCAGCAGCAGAAGCAGGACAAAGAGCAGCAAGUUGAAUCUUCGCUGCAGCAGCAAAAUGACGGUGUAGAAAGCAUAAAGGAGAAGAAGAAGCAGCAGCAGCAGCAGGAACAGCAGCAGCAGCAACAGGUGCAGGAGGAACAAGAGAAGCAGCAAGAGCAACAGGUGCAGCAGGAGCAAGAUCAGCAGCAGGAGCAGCAGCAGCAGCAGCAGCAGCAGCAGCAGCAGCGCAACGUUUAUCGAUCUAUUCUUCGCCGCAGGGCGCAACAACAGCAGCAGCAAGCAGCAGCAGCAACAGCAGCAGCAGCAGCUGCUGCUGCUGCUGAAGGAGGCAGCCCUACCCAAUCGAGGGUUACCUUUAAUGGAUCACGACCUCCUUGUCUAUCCUGUGUCCGUUUUUGGGAAGAAGUAGGAAGAAAGGGUUUUCGUCCUUUAGGUAGAUUUAGUCAUUCUGCUGUUUGUCUUUCUUCCCUUCUUGUUGUAUUUGGUGGGGUUGCUCUCUCCCCUAUUCAAUCUACUCCUGCUGCUGCUGCAGCAGCAGCAGCAGGAGCAGCAGCAGCAGAUGCUCCUGCUGCUAGCUGCCGAUACACCUCAGCUACUACACAUAAGGAGCUGUCCUUGAGGUACAGAGAUAGGAGGAGGAGGAAAGGUGCGAGGCGCUGCAGCAGCGUAGAUACAGCCUGCAUGCAGCAGCAGCAGCAGCAACAACACAAGCAGAAGAAGAAGAAGCCACAGAAGCGGCAGCAGCACAAGAAGCAGGACGAGGAACACGAACAGCAGGAAGAACAACAGGAGCAGCAAGAGCAGCAGCAGCAAGAGCAGCAGGAGCAGCAGCAUGCAGAGUUUGCUGCAGAUAGAGAGGAGACACUGCAGCAGCUAAGACGAGCUCGUGCUGCAGUAGACAGUGGCGGUGCUGCGCUGCAGCAUCAGCUGCGUCAGCAACGUCGUCAGCGUAAGCUGCAGCAGCAGCAGCGUCUGCAGCAGUACGUAAGACAGAAGCAGCAGCAGCAGCUGCUGCUGCUGCAGCCGCUGCUGCUUAGUGAUGUAUGGGUAUACGGCAUAGAGGAAGACAGGUGGCUUAAUUUGCUGCCAGGGCUGCAGCAGCAGCUAUCUGGUGGUCCUGCUGUCCCUGCUGCAGCAUCAGCAGCACCAGCAGCAGCUGCUGCUGCAGCAGGAGCGGCAGCAGCAGCAGCUGCAGCAGCAGCUGCAGCACCUGCUCCAGCGCCCGAUUCAGCAGCAGCACCGUCACCAGGAGCAGCAGCAAGGGCUGGGGGGGCUGGACCACCAUCAGAGGGUCUUGUUCUUGUCCUCUAUGGAGGCAUAGAUGCACAAGGAAGAGUGUUAUCAGAUUGUUGGUACUUUGAUUUGCUGCUGCUGCAGUGGCGGCAACGUAAGGAGCCAUGGUUGCUGCCUCCUUCCUUCUGGAUGACGGAUGGGCCCCAGGUAACAGCACCAGGGCAUGCGCUGCACUCUGCUUCCUUAUGGUAUAAUAGCAGCAGCAGCAGCAGCAGCAGCAGCAGCGGCAGUAGCAGCAGCAGUAUUAGUAGUAAUAGUAAUAGUAACAAUAAACCUAAACCUGCUGCAGUUGAACCUAUAGAUGACCCACAACUGCAGCAGCAGCAGCAGCAGCAGCAGCAGCAGCAAUUUACUCGUGAUGCUGUUAAGACUAGAUUUGCUGCUGCAGCAAAAGAUAUACCUAUAGGUGGAUCUAUAGUUAUAUUUGGUGGUAUUCGUAGCAGCAGCAGCAGCAGCAGCAGCAGCAGCAGCAAGAGUACCAUCAGCAGCACCAACAGCAGCAGCAGCAGCAGCAGCAGCAGCAGCAGCAGCAAGAUAUAUUUAAGUAAUGAUGUAUUUACUUUUUAUCCAGAGGAAAGAGUUUGGUGUCUUCUCUCUACUAAGGGACACCCACCUGAACCACGCAUAAGGUAA